AUGGAAGAAAUGGAAGGGGUCGGGGGGCCUAGUGUGACUCCGAAAGUGGAAGAUACUGGAACGAAUUUUUCUAGUACCGCUGCCGAAGUGGAGAGGGCCGACUCGGCCGUGCCCUUAGUUGUAUCGGCCGGCCUGCACGAUGGCGUUAGUGCUAAGACACUGCCAACUACAGCGGUGCUAGAAAAUGAAAGCGAAAAUCUUAAAAAAACAGGACUUCGAACAAAAUAUAUAAAUGGGUUCUUGGGAAACAUUUCCACAAGAAUUAGUAAUAUGGAUCGCCGCUUUUGCUAUCUAUUGGGCAUGCUCGUGAGCAUACUGCACCCUAUUCUUGCGUUGUGGGUUGUAACUUACGAGGACUGCCCUCUGGAUGAUCUAGGCUAUCCAGUACCCGAUUAUGAGCCACCGAAACCCUGUGCACUUGAUGCUAAUGGAGAAAAAACAGAUCCGAGUUGUAUUGACCCCCCGCAGGCAUACGCUCGGGUCGAAAACAUAUGCUAUAUGUAUUUAGUUAAUGAAUUUGCACUACAUGUCACAUACGUCCUGUACGUCAAAGUAUGGACACUCGGAGGUAGAAGUGCAGGGCGUUGGAGGGAACUGUCAGGAUAUGCUGGCUAUUUCAUCGUAGAAUUCAUUGUCAACGCUGCUCCUUAUCACGUUCAAACGUUUCCAAGGUUCCGCAAAGUUUUCCCAUUUUUAAAUUCUUUUACGUGGCCAUUGUAUGCAGCAUUUAUUUUUGGAUCAAUACUUCUCCUUCCUUUGGGCCUGUAUCUUGCGAAAACCAGAGAUCAGGCAAGGCGUGCACUGAUUUUUCACAUCCCUGGAGUUGUAUUUUUUGGGGUUGAUGUGUUCAAUCGAACUGUAUUCUUGCCCUUCUUUGAAACCAUGCAACAUAAGUUCGCCCAACUGGGGCUUAGUGCUGUAAUUUCGUUUUUUGGGGAAUUAGCACUCGCAAACUUUUAUGGUUCCAUUUUUCUCCCUGCAACACAUAAGGCCACAAUUAUCUUUGCUGAAUUUGGCUACAACGUGUCAUACCAAACGGGCCGUGAAUUACCUUCUGAAGAGGAGCCACCUGAAGAAAUCUCGCAAGAGAGCGAAGAUGGGGUGCGUGUUCUCUUAGAAUUGGAGGGCCCUUCAAAUAGCGACCUCCUACAGGGUGGCCCGACAGACUGUACUGCCGGAACAGGCCUUGGGCGAAUCGGACCUCCUGAUACGUCUAAUAUCGCACAAUCUAAUUCCGGGAAUGGCAAUAAUGGGUUUGACGGAGAAGCAAAUCAACGCACAAGUUUAGACUGGAAUUCUAGUACAUUCCUCCAACAGGGGGCCACCACUUUCGAAACACAAAGCCGAGGCACAAGGCUAGGAUCUAAAGCUUCAACAUUUGCCUCUGCAACGCGGCGAAGCCGAAUACUUGCCCCUAUUGUAGCUCCAGUUGAGUAUAUACCUCCUAGCCGGCCGUACGUUCCGAUUCGCCCAGAUGGGCCUGAUCCCCUCGAGUUUGAUAAAAUUUUAUGCUGGCUGGCAAUUGUCUGGGACGCAUGGAGAUAUCUCCUCAUCCGCACAGUGCUACUGAAAUCUUCUAGUAUUUGGCUGUAUCUCCUUAUGGUUUUGAAAGAUUUUUCUUUCUCGUACUGGCACUUUGGAUAUUCUUUUAUGGAGAGGAGGGUGUUGAUUGUCAUUGAAGGCGCAACCACUGAGGAACGGACUUCAUGGGGUAAAGUCAAGCACUUUUUGUUCAAGUUUUUCCAAGUAGUCAUAGUUAGACCUUUCUUAUUGACCAAAUUCUUGGCGACAACCGUAUGGCGAACGGAAGUAAUUUUUGGGAUGAACGAGCAGAGACAACGCUAUAGUCAAAAUGUAUAUGAGGAUCCAAGGAAAGAACCACGAGAACAGCACAUAUCUGUUAGAAAUACCUUAAGACAUGCUGGAGGACGCAAGCCCACUGCUUCUGAUUGGGCAGCGGCGAUUUCGGCAGUUGCGGCGGAAAAGGGUAGACAAACAAAAGGUUUCGUCGGUAGCCUCUUCAGUGAUCUUUGGACCCACUUGGUGCUCAACAUACGCCGCGACUGGCGGCAGUGGAGAUGCAAAGGUCUAAACCGCUACAAGCACCCUGUGGAUCACUGGAAGCAACGACUGCAUGCCAGAAUGACUGAGACUUCAGAUAAUGAUAAACAAGAAGGGUCAAAGUACGACGGACUCGAAGUGCGGUACAGCUUUGCUAAUGAAUGUUGCAUUAUACGGCACGUUCCACCUAAGCCAAAGACACCCAAAAGUCGUAGUGCCUCGCAGAUACUGGCACGAAACGAGGAGCCACAUCGCCCGUCGAGCCAGUCAGUUUUUCGCCGCAUCAAUGCAGCAUGGCUCUCGAAAGUCGUGAAGGAAAUCCAGUCCCUCAUCUUCAACAGAUGCUGGCCACGCCUGCUCCAGAAGAUCAUGUCCUCAUCAGUUUUAAUUAUAACUGAACUAUUCACUUAUAAUACCAUCGUUGGCCUUCUACCAUCUUUCCAAGAGUACGGUCUCUUCAAGGACACUACUGGACGCUUCAGGGUCAUUUUCAUGUUCUGCAUUGACGUUGUCGAGGUGUCCAUCAUUUGGUACACUCAAUCGCGGUCACGCUUCUACGAUAGUAUUCGAAAAGGCUACAACCUAUUCCACAACUCGACCAUGAUUUGCUUGUGCAUAUUUAAUUGUGCGGCUCAAAUAAUGAACUUUGCCAUGCUGCGAUACAUUCGGUUCGCCCCAAUUUGCGGCGACAAGCGCGUUCUGCCAGACAAUGUGCAACAAGAUAUGUUAAAAAACCUUAAUCUCGUUAAGUACUGGGACCAACCAGAUCUAUAA